AAAAUAUUGUAUUAUUUUUUUUAAUUCAGAAAUUUCAUUUUUUUCUUUAAUAUAUCCCCAUAUUAAAAUAACAUAUUACCGGUACGCGGGUACUAGAUUAGUCACUUCGGAGGAACGCCAUUGUGAGCCAUAACGACUGUGCAGCAAGGUUCUAUUAACGAGUAACGUUACAAUAAAAAAAAAAGCAAAAUGGCCCAGGAAGCUGAUAUGCCUACCUUCAAGUGUGUCCUCGUCGGUGACGGAGGUACUGGAAAAACUACAUUCGUAAAGCGUCACUUGACUGGAGAGUUCGAGAAGAAGUACGUAGCGACUCUUGGAGUUGAAGUCCAUCCUCUGAUUUUCCACACAAACCGAGGACCCAUCAGAUUCAACGUAUGGGAUACAGCUGGUCAAGAAAAAUUUGGAGGUCUUCGUGACGGUUAUUACAUCCAGGGUCAGUGUGCUGUUAUUAUGUUUGACGUUACAUCACGUGUAACGUAUAAAAAUGUACCCAACUGGCACAGAGACUUAGUACGUGUCUGUGAGAAUAUUCCAAUUGUUUUAUGCGGUAACAAAGUUGAUAUUAAAGACAGAAAAGUCAAAGCCAAAAGUAUUGUUUUCCACCGAAAGAAGAAUCUUCAGUACUACGACAUCAGUGCUAAGAGUAAUUACAACUUUGAGAAACCUUUCUUGUGGCUAGCUAGAAAAUUGAUUGGUGACCCUAACUUGGAGUUCGUCGCCAUGCCAGCUCUAUUACCACCAGAGGUUACCAUGGAUCCACAAUGGCAGCAACAAAUUGAAAAGGAUCUUAAGGAAGCCCAAGAAACGGCAUUGCCUGAAGAUGAUGAGGAUCUAUAGGUUAAUUGUGCGUACGGCCAAACAAAGUACUGAGCAAGUGGACACCGCUGUGCAAGAGUGUUCUUUGAAACAGAAGUUAAUUUUAAUAAAAUAAUAAUGCAGUUAGUUUGAUAAUAAACAUUUGAGGACUGUUUCUUAUUUUUCUAAUUGAAAUUGAUUAAUGUGUUAUUUAACUUGAAAACUGUAACUUUUUUUUACUGCAUGAAUAGUUUCGAUUUUAAAUGCGAAACUUUUUAAAUUCAAGUUGAUGAAUAAUAACUGGAAACAAUCAAGAGCGGUGUGUGAAUUUGUUAAAAGUUUAUUACUUUGAAUGUGUGGUAUAAAUUAUAAAUAUAUCAUAAGAAUGUGUAAUGUUUAAAAUAUUUUUUUUUUGAAUGAGCGUUUAAUGUGCCUGUUUUUAAAUAAACACUGCUGUUUAUCAAUAAAUAACAACUGAUUAAUAAUUACCACAA